AUGAGGGUGAGGGGUCACAUUUCCCUCGGACACAUAAAGUCGCCUCCAAUCAUACCUGAGAUCACGUUGGGGCACCCCCAACCCAAGCUGACAAAACAAACAGUGUCCGACAAUCCAAUCCCAGUGCCAGAUAAUGAACAGCUUGAGCUGAUCUCCCAGCCCCAAGAGCCCCGCGAAGUGCGAAAACACCAUCGGCGCGCGAUAAUACAUGAGGCGUUUCUUAUCAUGUGCUAUGUCCACAUGGUUAUCGCCAGAUAUUACUGUGCUCAUCAGGCCCCCUCAUGCCAUGCCCUAUUGAACAUAGAGCUACGACUGGUGUUUUUCCUUAACGAGAUGCUAAGUCUCUCCACUGACGAGGCAAUUGACCGUGGAUUAGAGAAGGAGAUCUGGUGUUAUGUGGGAUAA